AUGAAAAUAGUUUUCAUAAUAAAUUUGCUAAUAUCUGAAAUAGCAUGCCAGUAUCUCUCCCAUGAGAUUUCGUUGGCUGGGCAUGUCUUGAAGGUGCUUGAUGACAAAGAAAACCAAAGAAUCGUGUGCCCUUGGUCCUCGCUAAGCAUGACGGCAUGGUACAUAUGCAACCGUCUGAAUCUUAUGGCUGGAAGAAGAAUGUACAUGCCGGACAUUUCUAGCGCGUACACGUUGCAGUAUAUCGGGGUUUCCGAAAAAAACCACGAAGUAUACAAGCAGACAAGAACGGCGCUGCAGGACCAGGCAAACCAGAUUGAGGAGCAGCAGCCAAGCAAAAAAGCGCAAAAAGACGCUAGAUACCGCAAGGAGUUCUGCGAGUGCGUCAUAAAAAUGUUUCCGUCAGCGGGCGAGGUGUUUUCUAUCUUUGGAAGAAAAGGUAGCUCCUUCACCUGGCUUCUUCGAAAAGAAUGCGAAGGCAAGCAGGCCAUACAUCUUCUUGCUUCGCUUUUUCUUCUGAGCGAGGGCAUGGACAUAAAGAUUAAAGCAACGCCGACAAAAAUUGUGAUCCAGAGAAAGCAUCCGGUCAACGACUUUGUGGUGUUUGAGGCAGACGAAGACAGCGCCGACGCUGGCUUAAAGUUCUCGCUGAAAGAAGCAGAGUACAUUAUAAACUUUUUCAAGCAGUACAAAGAGGGCAUGAGACUGCCCACAACGCGCGAAAAGUUUUUGGAAGGCGACUUUCUAAACAGCCCCCAGUUUCUCAUACAGAUGUACAUGUCCUGCUAUUUGAAAAACUUGCAUGAGGUUAGAGAUCUGGUCGAGACCAUAAACACGAUGCUAAUCAACCCAAGCUUUGGCCUUAAAGGCUCUCCCGAAGCACAUGCCCUAUACGACUGCCUUUUUAUUUCGGAGAGCAGAAUGCAUGAAGCUCUAGAAUACAUGCAGCCAGUUGUGCAAAUAGAGGGCGGGCUUUCUAGUCUGAAUUGGUUUCCCUUUGCAGACCGAAAUAAGCUGCCCAUGCCCCGGCGGUUGAUUGUAUACAACAGAAGCUUGCGCUUGUUUUCUAAAAAGACGUUUGCAGCCUCUAUGGAAAUCGGGCUUUAUGCGCUGUGUUGCUGCCUUGCAUAUGACCCAGAACAGGGCAGGUACAUCGCAGAAAGUAUGUCCAAACGCGCAACAGCGGACUUGAAGGAGUUUUUUAGAGAAAACAGUGUGCCCGAGCGGGCCGGAAUUUGCAAUGCUUUGCAUGAGUGGGUCAAGGUGGUCUCUGAUCUUCCAAACGAAAGCAUUAAAUACCGGAUGCCCUGCAGAAACCAGCUUGAGCCUGGAAUAUUGAACUUUUUUCAUGUGAUUGCCCAUAUAACUGGGACACUGCCAACGCAAAAGCCCUAUUUGGACUGGAUCUCAACCAAGAUAAAGGGCAAAGACCCCCAUUCCGUAUACAAUGAAGCAUACAAGUGUUUGUGCAAUCUUGUCCACCGUCUGUCAGUCAACAAGAACAUUAAGCUGGAUGUUGAGAACUUUGGAAAAAACACCCGAGAAGAUGGGACGCCUGAACUGUUUGGAAAGCUGAUUUUAAGUUACUGGAUCGGCCAGGGCACGGUUUCGCAGAGGCUUGUUCUGGAGUUUACCCGAACAAAUCUGCACAUCAGCCUCCCCCCCAUAAAUGUGGCCUACCCCAGCGAAAAGGCAAGGCUUCUGCAAAUCGCACAAAACGUUUACAGGAGGCAAAACACGUUUGUUGGGCAGUUGUUUGCACAUUAUAUCGAUCUGACUGUUGCACAAAUAAACUGCAAAAAGAAAGACACCGAUUUGAUGCAGAAAGCACAGAGCCUUUCCAUGGAGGUGGUGAAGGGCGACCAGGGAAAGAUAAAAACCUUGCUUUUGGAGGGGUGCUUGCACAGCUCGGCAUGCAGGCUUGAAUUGAUUGACCGGCUUUGCAUGUACGGCAAAGGAGAGGGCGUGGAGCUGACCGAGCAUCACCCAAUUUCGCGGUUUAUUUCCAACAUCAUAGGAAACACGCGACUUGAGGAGUUGAGGGCGCAGAGGUUUCUUUUUUCUGCCCCGAUUCUCACAGGGGUUCUGAGAAAGAUAUGCCCUAGCGUAGGCAUUACAGAAAGCAGAUACAAAGAGCUGUUUAAGAGCCCGAGCCUGCUUUUCAAUAUAUACAAGUAUGCAAACAGCGGGUACGAAAAGGCCACAGACAUACUUCUCGGCUAUCUAAAAGCGUACAAGCGGGAGACCGGGGAGUCUAUUGCCUCAGGCAUCCUACAGAACAAGAAAUACCAGGUGUCGGGCAUGUUUAAAUGUCUGUUUUUGGACAACACGACAAGAGGCGUCGAGGCGCUCUCGGAAAUCAUCUUGGCGGAGGGCGAAGAAGAAAGCGCUGUUUUUUUGAAGAAAACGCUAGACUUUGUGUGGCUGGGCUUGGCCAUAGUCCACAAGAGAGACCAUCCUGACCUAAUUGCGCAGUUGUAUGCAAUUGCAGAUCCAGACGCAUUAUACAAAAAAGAGCCUAUAGCGUUUAGCAGGCUCAGCACCCACCCCAUCCAGAACAUUACAAGCUACAUAAGAGAAAACAAAAAGGUCAUUAUUGGCAACAGUGACAACAAAAAGCUUGUGAACGUGCUAAAGGUGCUGAAAGCAGUGUUUUCCAGAUAG